AUGAUUCUAAUUAACGAGGUCAAGUACGCUUGUAUGGAGUGUAUUCGUGGCCACCGCUCGUCGAUGUGCCGGCAUCACCAGAGACCGCUACUACAGGUUCGACUGAAGGGCCGGCCCAAUGUGGGCUACGGUAACAAAAACCAUAGAAUAGCGGUUUUCGCUGAGGAGAUUGCUUCUUCGCCUGAACCAGAGGACGGUGACAGCUGCAGAGACUUUCCCGUGGUCAUCUUGAAGGCAUCGGAUAAACAGGUGAUAGACCUACUGAAUGGUCAGAUCUUGGGGCCUUACAGUGAGGCUGCUAACGAGAUACACAACAAGAAGCCUGUGAUUCGGUCAGAUAGCUUUAUUAACUCAUCGUCGUGUUGCUCAAAGGGCGCUUCGAAGGUCAGCAAGCUGUGUUCGUGCAAUAAGAGUAAUGUCUCAAAGACCAAGAUCCUUAAAUCUUAUCUUGAUAAGCAUAAGAAUAAACUGGCAUCGGUGAAGAGGGAACCCGAGUUGAAGCCAGCAAAACUGAGCUGUUGCAGUUCUAAGAAACAAAAUAAUGGGGUUCCUCAACAGAACGGCAAUGGAUACUCGACAAACGUCUUUGCCAACCCUUACUACGCCCAACAAUGGAACCAAAAUCCUCAAAUACCGCCUCAGCCUUUCAACAUACCGUUCCCACAACACCAGACAGUACCACAGAACGGCUACAACGUUCCUCUCCAACAAAACUCCCUCCCGCCUAUGUCAACAUUCCCAGAGGCUGGCUAUACGAAUCAGCCACAGCAUGACAUAUUCCACAACCUAGCUGCAAGCAAUACAGGAGAAGUCUUCGAGGUGGUGAAUGUUCCGUCUUGUUCUAUCCUGGGCACUUGUCGUUGUAGCAGCGACUGUAGGUGUCCAGGCUGUGUUGAACAUAAUAAUGCACCUAAACCACCAGCACAGGUUCAUUUAGAUGCCCUUCGAAACGACGCACAGUACAGCUCUAACUUGAUACUAACGCUGAAAGAUCAAAAGCCUGCUACAGAGAAAUCGCCAGAGAAACAACCACAGCCCUUACCAGCACUUCCGUUGUCGAAGGAUUUCGAUACCUACGCCAAUUUCCUUCGUCUGAUUAUUGGAGAGCAAGAACCCAACAAUAACGACGGAGAGGUGAACUGUAGUGACGGACAGUCGUGCGUCUGUCCAGACGACGACUGUUUCUGUACUAACUGUGAAACCCAUGGCAUCAUAGACGGAUACAGAUUAGACGACAUUUUCAAUGGCCGGACCGCUGGUGAUAAUAACGUCAAAAGUGAGCCUUUGGAACGAGCAUCGUUCGAUUCUAACAAACGGUCUCCCAUUGAACCUAGCACAUCGCUACUGUCGCGAAGCUCAGAUGCCUCUUUGCUAGGAUUUGGGAAAAAAGACCAGAGCUAA